CGCGGGGCCGAGGGCCGAGGCCUGCGCGCAGCCCGGGCGGCUGCACUGCGCGCGCGCCGAGCCACGCGUGGGGCCCGGUUCCGGCGCGCGCGGCGUGGAAGACGACGGGUUGCAGCGGCCCGGCUGGAGGCUUCGCAGAGGCCACGGGACCCCCGCGGCAGGGCGGGAGCGCGCCCCUGCGCCUCGCCUCUGUGUCCCGCGUCCGCAGCCGGCGCUCCGCGGGGAUCCGGAGCUGGCAGGUGGUUUUCUAGAAGAUGACCAUAGAGGACCUCCCGGAUUUUCCUUUGGAAGGAAGUUCGCUGAUCGGAAGAUACCCGUUUUUAUUCGCAGGCUCGGACACGCCGGUUAUCUUUUCCAUUUCCGCAGCACCAAUGCCUUCGGACUGUGAGUUUUCUUUCUUUGAUCCCAACGAUGCAUCAUGUCAGGAAAUUCUCUUUGAUCCCAAAACUUCAGUCUCAGAAUUAUUUGCUAUUUUAAGACAAUGGGUUCCUCAGGUCCAGCAAAACAUUGACAUUAUUGGAAAUGAGAUUCUCAAGAGAGGUUGCAAUGUGAAUGACAGAGAUGGACUGACGGACAUGACGCUGUUACAUUACACUUGCAAGUCUGGGGCUCACGGCAUCGGUGAUGUCGAGACAGCUGUAAAAUUUGCAGCUCAACUUAUUGAUCUGGGAGCAGACGCGAGCUUGAGGAGUCGCUGGACAAACAUGAACGCCUUGCAUUACGCUGCAUACUUUGAUGUCCCAGAGCUUAUAAGAGUGAUUUUGAAGACAUCGAAACCAAAAGAUGUGGACGCCACUUGCAGCGACUUUAAUUUUGGGACAGCCCUGCAUAUUGCAGCGUAUAACUUGUGUGCAGGAGCUGUGAAAACCUUACUGGAGCAUGGAGCAAACCCCGCAUUUAGGAAUGAUAAAGGACAGACCCCAGUGGAUGUUGUUCCGGACCCAGUGGACAUGCCUCUGGAGAUGGCCGAUGCUGCAGCCACUGCUAAGGAAAUCAAGCAGAUGCUCUUUGAUGCGGCGCCUCUGUCCUGUUCCAUCUCUAAGGCCGUGCUUCCAAGCAGCGAUCAUGCUACCAGCAAGGCCAUGCUGGCAUCUCUUGGCCUGAAGUUGGGAGACCGUGUUGUCAUUGCAGGACAGAAGGUCGGGACAUUAAGAUUUUGUGGAACAACUGAGUUUGCAAGUGGGCAGUGGGCUGGUGUUGAGCUGGAUGAGCCAGAAGGAAAAAACAAUGGAAGUGUUGGGAGAGUCCAGUACUUCAAGUGUGCUCCCAAAUACGGUAUUUUUGCGCCCCUUUCAAAGAUAAGUAAAGUAAAAGAGGGGAAGAAAAAUACCACACACACUCCUUCCACGAGAGCGGCACCUCACGUCCGAUCCCAGAAGGCUGAUGUAGCUCACAUCACAUCCAAAGUGAAUUCUGGAUUGAUGCCAUCAAAAAAGGAGAAUGCUUCAGAGUCCACACUCUCCUUGCCUCCCAGUGAAGAGCUGAAGACCGCAGCAGAAAAUGAUGCUCCCCAGCCUGGGUCCAUCAGCAGCUCCUCCUCCACAUCCUCCCUGGACCACAAGCAGAGCCACCCCAAGAAGCAGCUGACUACAAGCAGCAGCAAUGGCAAGAAGACCCUCAGCAAAAGCCCCUCUCUCCCAUCCAGAGCCAGUGCUGGUUUGAAUUCUUCAGCACCAUCUUCGGCAAGUAACGCCCGCCGUGAUGGAGAACUCCGCCUUGGAGAAAGAGUGCUGGUGGUGGGCCAGAGAGUGGGCACCAUUAAGUUCUUUGGGACAACAAACUUUGCUCCAGGGUAUUGGUAUGGCAUAGAGCUGGAGAAGCCGCAUGGGAAGAAUGAUGGUUCGGUUGGAGGUGUGCAGUAUUUUAGUUGUUCUCCGCGAUAUGGAAUAUUUGCCCCCCCAUCCAGGGUACAGAGACUUUCAGAUUCCCUGGAUACGCUUUCAGAAAUAUCUUCAAAUAAACAGAACCAUUCUUAUCCUGGUUUUAGGAGAAGUUUCAGCACAACCUCUGCUUCUUCCCAAAAGGAGAUUAAUAGGAGAAAUGCUUUUGCCAAGUCCAAGUCCACUCUGCGCCGCAGCUGGAGCAGCACCACCACGGCAGGUGGCCUAGAGGGGACAGUGAAGCUGCAUGAGGGGUCUCAGGUCCUGCUCACAAGCUCCAACGAAAUGGCUACCGUUAGGUAUGUGGGUCCCACGGACUUUGCCUCAGGCAUCUGGCUUGGACUGGAGCUCCGCAGUGCCAAGGGAAAAAAUGACGGCGCCGUGGGUGACAAGCGUUAUUUUACCUGCAAGCCAAACUAUGGCGUGCUGGUUAGACCAAGCAGAGUGACCUACCGAGGAAUCAGUGGGUCAAAGCUCGUCGAUGAGAGUUGCUAAGUUAAAUGUCUAAGGCAUUCAGUGGACUCCUCUGAAUAUGCGUAUGUGCUAGAUGUAAAAUAGAGUCUAUAACAAAGGGUUUACUUUAUUUAAAUGUCAUGCAGAAGCUGAAAAUACAGUAAUCUUCAUUAAAAAAAAAUCUCCAAAGGAACACACAUAUGAACUUUGAGGGUCAUGGUACUUUUGAAAAUUUCAAAAUAAGUACUUUUAAAAGCUAGGUCCCUAGAAAAUUCUGGAACUAAAAAAAAAAAAAAUGGAAUGCGCUAUUAAGCAGUGUGUGGUGGCAACUUUGCCAUUUGGCUUCAUUUUUGCACACGGUGUUAACAUUCUUCACAGAGGUGGAUUCACAAGCUUCAUGAUGCUCACGUGAUCUGUUUCCUGUCCAAGUGUUCUGGAACCUUCCUAUCUGUCUGUGGUUUGUUACUAAAAGGUACCUAGAGAGCAGACGCUAGAUAACGGGUGUGUCUUACGUGUUCGCUUGCCCUUUCUGGAGAAAGGUUCCUCUGAGUAGUUGAUGUGGGAGGAGGGUGGCUCUGGUGGCGUCUGGUUCCACCUUGCACCCAUUGCCAACCACAGCGCUGGAAUUCCUUCUACCAGAACCAGAGCUGAGAGUGAACGGGUCUCCUGACUCGGCGCUCGCCUCUGCACCCAGCGUGCUUCCAGGUCACCUCUGCUGCUGGGCCGCCCCAUCGGUGCGCACCGCAAGAAGCUGCAGUUAAGUUUAUGAACUCAAGGCAGAGUUUUGCACAGUUAUUUAACAUUGUUCCUGACACGCACAGCACUUUUGAAACAUGAUGCACUUUUCUUCUUUUUAUUUUAUUGUUUUUGAGACUUUGCCAUCAUUUCCUCCUGGGAUAUGAAAGACUUUUUUAAAAAAGUAUUUCACAGAAGAAAGCAAAUGAAAAUGUGUUAGGCGGGGUGUGCUGUCCUUCGGAUGUUCGUGGCGUCUGGGCUCGGGUGGGGCGGGGUUAGCUGUAGCUGCGGAGUUGUGCCUGCUGCUAUGCUGCAGGACUGCUCUGAUGCAUUCACUGUCUUGGGCACAUGUUCAGUUAAGCUUUAUGAUAGCGAUGCAAUAAUGUUACACAUUCGUCUUGUGGAUAUGUUCUGACGUUUCUGUCCUGUUCCGUGUAAAAACUCAUCCUCUAUUGUAAAUGUUUAGACUUGAAACUACCACACAAAUAUUGGAACAGUUUGCUUUAUGAAAUUAAAAGUAUCCUUCAGGACGGAACUUGGCUUUGUGCUUAGAAAUAUACUCUGCUGAACUGUUUUGCAAUAUGCUAUCUUAAAAAUCUAAAUCCGGUCACUUGGUUGCCUUUUUUUUAAGUGUGGUAUUUCAAAUAGAGUUAUUUUCCUGAAAUAUAUUUGCAAACUCAAGCUGCUUUAUAAUCAAGAAAUAUUUUUAUUGAUUGAAGAAAAUGACUGCUGCAAUUCAAAAGUGAACUUAUUUUAUUAUAUAGAUGAUUUCCUAGAAUCUAUUUAUACCAUAAUAAAAAAAAUCCACGACUGUAGCGAGCCUGGGAUCUGUAGUUUUUCCUGUUAAAUACUAACCACUGUAUGUUAAAGACAACAAUGCCAACACUGAACUUAUUUUUGAGGUCAAAAACCAGUUGUUCUCUUCAUGUUUAGAUGGGGAUUACGAAAUCCAUAUAGUGUAUAUGCUUAUGUAUGCUACAUGCACAGGUUAGGUGUUUUUGUCUGUGUGUGUUUUACUUAUUAAAUGUCAUUCAGAUUCACUUCUUGAAUGCUAAUAAAAAGGGAAGAUG